AUGGAGAAGAGCAAAGGGGAGUUCAAUCGAACGGUUGACCGCGAGAGACAGGACAAACUCCGCGAUAACCUAGUCGUCAAGGGUGACAAGGAUAAGGCCGUCAGCGAGCUGGAGGCGGGGAGACGGACCAUCGUCAGGGACCCCGAUGACCCCAUGCAGGAGGCAAACAUUCUGGAUGACCUAAUGGUCUCGAGGGAUGAAGACCUUGAGGACGAGCUUAGAGCGGCCUACGCUGCGGGCAGCAGCUCCGACGUCGCAGCGGGGGAAAAGCCCAAGUUCGACGGCGCUUACGGUUCGACCAUGCAAGGCGCCGAGGCGUUUUUCAACAAGCCGUCGCCCUUCCAAAAGGCCGCCGAGUACAAAGAAGAGUCUGCCGCUGCGAGUGCAAGCGCUUCUACUGCGGAUGCUGAAGCUACUGCGGCGGGAACUUCCGCGGACGCUCGUGUUCUCGAUGCGGUGGAAUCUGCCGAGACUGCCGCAGAGACUACUGGAACAGUUAUUGAGGACUCGUUUGAGAAGGUCACGGGAAGCGUGGGUGGGCGCUGGGAGAAGCCGAAGGAGGGUGCUGAUGUGGACACGCACAAGCCGGUGGUGAGCACCUGGGGGGUGUUCGAGCGCCCGAAGGACAUGAGCAAGGCCUUCGGAGGGGGGCGGGAUCCUACCCUCAAGAGGCUAGAUCCGGAGGAGAAGCGUCGACGAGACGAGGAGACCAAGGCCAUCUUGAACAGCUACCGCGGCUCGACGGGCGAGGACUUAAAGCGAGAGAAGGAGAGUGAGACUGAGAUUAAGGCAGCGCUCGCACAGUCCAAGAGGGCAAUGAAGUUCGGCGAUACCUUUGGAGCAGUGUCGGCUCUCGAGGGCGUUAAGCAGGAGUGUUCUAUUCAUGGCCCGCUUGGAGCCGUCGUGUUCCUCGAGCUCGCCAUGGCACUCGAGGCGACGGGGAGGUCCUACCAGGCCCAGGACAUCUACAAGGUCCUCAGGCGGUCGAAGAACCGCGAGAUAAAGAGCCAGGCCAAGAGGCUGAAUGAGGGGUUGGAGGCGAUGGACAUGCUUAAGUUCGGUCGUGUAGGAGAGGUUAACGAGGUCUCCGAGGUUACCAAGAUGUGGACAGCCUCCUUCACCCCGAUGUCCGGAGACCAGGAGAAGAAGUACAGCCAGGUGUACUACGAGAAGGAUGCCGACGGAAGGCCUUCCGAGGAUGGCGUGUUUGCUGUAGAGGACGCUAAGCAGGUGCUGACGUUCGCGUCUAAGUACAAGGGAGGGAUCUCGAAAAACCGCAUCAUUGCCGCCUUCGACUUCUUGAAGCAACGGUCGGAGGAAGCCUCUCUCGCGGCACGACGAGAGGCGUCGUUGAUCCGAAAGCAGCAGCAGCAAGCCCAGGACGAUGCCGAUGCUGCUGCUGCCGCUGAAAAUGAGAAUGGAGAGGAAGGUGGCAGCGGCGGGAAGCAAGAAAAGACGGAAGAAGAGAUGUUCGCGUUAAAAAAGACCCCAUGGGAGAAGAACGCCGAGAGCACCCUGCCGCAGGGAGGCGCCGGGCUGGUGUCCUUGAUGGGGGACAUGUCGAAUUUAGAGGAGCGGAUACAGGGAGGGUGGAAACUAACGAUCAAGGCUGGGGGAAGCUCGGUGGACGUUCUACAGCGAGACAGCCCGUUCGUCUUGAACCCAGGCGGGAAGCUGACGGCUGUAGAGCCCAGCGGGCCCUUGUUAUCCGUGACGAAGGAAGGAGAGUGGAAGCUGGACGCGGACAACCGAGUCAUCAAGCUUGAUUUCGCAAGCUCCAAGUGGGCCGGGCUUGUGAACACUGGCGGCGCACAAGAAGGAUUGGAGGUCUUGGCGCUAGACGACAAGCUGCUGGUUGCGUUGGAAUCACGACCGGGGUCAGGCGGGGAGGCUACUGGGACGAGAAAGUUCGCGGUCGACAAGUUCCGGUUGCUCGUUCGAGCAUGACGUUAUUGAAAAAAUUGAGGGACUUCGCUCUUCUUUUCAGGCUACUGACAUGUCGGGAUUCGACGUCGCGUAUUGUUUGAUGA